AUACAUAACCUGACUUUUUGUUCUGUGUUUGUGCUCCUUUUCCUCUCCUUGCAGAACCUCCAGAAUUCUAGGAAUUUCCAGAAAUAAAGAAGAAAAACAAUGGCUGAAACAGAAAAUGAAUCAAUUCUCAUAAUUUCUGACGAUAGUGAUUCAGAGGGACCAAAGAAUGGCACAGCUCCUUCAGCCCCAGCAGCUCCUGAGGGUGACACCUACGAACCAAUGCAGACGAGACUCUCAAAGGCAAUGAGUAUCAAUGAGGUAAGACGCAAUAAUUUAUCCCGGAAGAGUACUGCAAAGGGCUCUGUGCCAUCUAUGGCGGCGUCUGUGAGGAAUCAGCAAGCAAUGAAGCGUCUCCGGAGAUUGGCUGAAAUCACAGACACCAAAUUCAUGAAGGACUUCAAUCCUGAAACGUCCAAAAGGGAAAAGAAUAAGCUGAAAAAAUUCCCAGAAUAUUCGGGCUAUGGGAAAACUCACGAAACACGCAGUACGGCCUCAGAUCCAGUUCAGGAUCUCUGCGACUGCCUACGUCUCACAUGCUGUGGGUGCUUCUUCCCAUGUCCAAAAUGUUCCAGCACUAAAUGCGGUACGAAAUGCCGCGUAAUGCGGAAGUGGAUGUAUGAGAGUGUUGUCUUUGAUGGAGCUGAUGAGAGUCUAAGAAAUCCACUACUCUACAAAGUCGUUUAAAUCACAUCCUCGGGCUCCAUUUAUUCCAUUUAUUCUUGCAAUCUCUUAAUCAUCACAUUAGAUCUUCCGGAAAAGUCCCACAUGGAAGGUGAUUUAGUUAUCUACAAAAGCUGGAGAACCCUCAUUUAGCCAAUCACUGAUUUCAAUCUCCUUCCCAGACUCCUCUUUUAUCUCAACACUUCCUUCGCUAAUCAUCCUGGACACUCGCUCCAGAAGAUUAGUGAUCUGCCGCUUCACGCGUGGCAGAUCGAAGGGGGUUGUAGUGAGAAAAGAGUAGUUCUCCUCAAAAUCAAUCCCUCUGUGCUUACUCAGUACUCCCACAUGACUGAUGAGGUCCACAGGGGCUGCUACUGUUUCUUCCCAUGACUGAAAAUAAUUUUAAAAAAUUAUCCUUAAAUCCAUCCCUUACGUUAAAACAAGCCGAUCGAAAUGUUUUUACUGCAAUUAUUUCAUUAUUUGACUAAUAAUUUAUUCGUAAUGUGUAGUGGUGUAAAUCAUGAUAAUAAGAAAAAAAAAGUUUGUAAAUAAAAUAAUAAAAUUAAGAAAAAGUUGUCUUUAAAUAUCAAAAGUAAGAAUAUAGAGAAACUUACUCUGCGUUGAUACCACUGCUU